AUGACGUUUCGUAAGAAGGGCUCCAAGAACCCCCCACUCCUGAGCCUGGAAUUCAUCCUGCAGAAUCAUGCGGACUUUGUCGCCUGUGUGGGGAUGUUCUUCGUGCUGGGGCUCAUGUUCGAGGGGACAGCAGAAGUGUCGAUCGUUUUUAUUACUCUCCAGCACGGGGUUACCUUCCCUGCAGCCGAAGCAGAAGCAGAACGAGCCUCAGCACCCAAGUUCCUUUAUCACUAUGGUGCCAAAGACUUGGCCACCGUGUUCUUCUACACGCUGGUGGCGAUCAUCAUUCACGCCACCAUUCAGGAGUAUGUGUUGGAUAGAAUUAACAGGCGAAUGCAGUUCCCCAAACAGAGGCAAGGCAAAUUUUAUGAAUCUGGUCAGUUUAGCGUAUUCUUCCUUGUCUCCUGUAUCUGGGGCACAUUCAUUCUAGUCUCUGAAAAUUGCCUGUCAGACCUGACUGCCUUAUGGAAGGCUCAUACCCAUAACAUGAUGACAUUUCAGAUGAAGUUUUUCUACAUCUCCCAGUUGGCUUACUGGUUUCACGCCUUUCCAGAACUAUUAUUCCAGAGAAGCAGACCUCAAGAACUCUCCCAGCAAGCUGUAUAUGUUGGUCUUCACCUCUUUCACAUUGCGGGAGCUUAUCUCUUGUACUUGAAUCACCUGGGACUUCUUCUUUUGAUGAUGCAUUAUUUUGUGGAAUUCCUUUCCCACUCUUGCGACCUGUUUUAUUUUAGCGACGAAAAGUUCCAGAAGGAGUUUUCUCUAUGGGCCAUCGUGUUUAUUUUGGGUCGACUUGUGACUUUAAUUGUUUCUUUGAUAACUGCUGGUUUUCAGCUGGCCGGAGGGCAGAAUGGGAGUUCGGAUGACUCUGCUGAAGAUGUGAAUGUGUUGGCAGCUAAAAUUGCUGUUCUGUCAUCCAGUUGCUCUAUCCAAGCGUACGUAACAUGGAAUUUAUUUAAUGUCCAGCUUCAGAGGUGGAUGGAAGAAGAUGCUCCUCUUCAGGCCCCAAGUGUGAAGAAGAAACGUAUUAAGGGCAGAUUUUGUAGAAAAGGAAUGGAAAACGGUGUGGCAACUUCUAAUUGACUACUAGAUUCUCCCCAGAUGAGGAAAGAAAAGUCUUCAUAAUGAAUUUGCAAGUUAAUUGACUAAAGUCUCCAAAGAAGUCUGCUCUUGACUAUAACAUACCUUUCUUUGCUAAGAGAAGGAAAUGGCAACCGGUAUUCUUGCCAGGAUAGUCCCAUGGACAGCGGGGCCUGGUGGGCUGCAGUCAAUAGGGUCACAAAAGAGUCGGACACCACUGAGCAACUGAGCUCG